GCGCUAGCGCUGGAAUUGUCUUUUUGUGGGGAAAGAUUGGGAGGUGGGCUGGUCGUCGGUGUGGACCCCUUUGCAAAGGGCAAGGGCGAUUUCAGGCAAGACGCGGCUGGCUGGAGUGCAAAAGCUCUUCUGCAAAGCUCCUCGGAGAGCUUUUCUAAAGCAGCCACAUGCCAUGCGUAAAGUUUGUUCCGAUGGAGCGGACGGGUCGGCGACCGGAGAGGAGAAGUCAACGGAGCCCCGCGAGUUGCACGGCGCGCCCUGCGCCCAGCGGUGCCCCUGCUGGAACGAAACGUGAUGGCAACAUCAUGCCUGACGAGUUGCUUAAAGAAGGAUCAGAGCACAACUUGGAUGGGUUUAUUCAGCAUUGCUUUAAACGCUACAAGCUUAGAGAGAAACAUCCAAAUGUUUUCUUUAAACUGGAACCAAGUCGAUUUGGCCGAGUGGUAUCUAGACGUCGCAUUAUUAUUGCCCCACCUAUGCAAGGGGCAUCUCUUCCUAGGGCCAAACCACCAUCACCCGAAUUGUUGGGUCAAAAGCAGGAAAUGUUCGCUGCCCAAGAACAUCUUAAGGAAGUUACUAAAAUCCCUACAGAGGAGGAUAAAGUUAGAGAAUUGGCAGCUUGGAUUGAAGACAGGAAGAAAUUGCGGAAUCUAUUGAACCAAUGUGCAGAUGUUGAGUUGUGGCUGAUGGAAAAAGAAUCCAUCAGUGACCAGGAAGCCAAAAUCCUCAGAAAAAUUAAGGAGGCCAAAGAAGUGAAGAAGGCCCAGAUGAAUGUCCAGUUAGCUGUUGCUACCAGCAGUACCGAGGAGCAACUGCCAGCAAGAAAGACAAAGAGAACCAUCCCUGUCGUCACAGCUCCCUACCCAGAAUCUCUCAUUACCCUGCAAAAUCUUCUGCAAAAGCAGAAACUCAAGCUGGUGGAUGUAUUCGGCAAAGAAGAUCGGUCCAGGACCAUGAAUUUCAAGAGAGAAGACUUCAUCAGAAUCAUUGAAAAGACAAGGGUGCCUGUCAGUAAAGCUGACUUGGAGGAUGUGGUCGUCUACCUCACUUCUACAAGGAAAGGGCAGUAUAUAACCCACAGUGAUCUGAUUGAGAGUCAGAAAAUAUGGUCUGAUUACCUAAAGGAGCAAUGGAAACAGGCGAAAGAAUCCAAAGAGGGCAAAUCAGGUACAAAAGGGCUCCCACCUACUGUCCCAAAAGUUGGCCCUGUGACUUCAAAGGGUCUUCCAUCAAGCUGUGGCAAGUCUAAAGUUGAACCAUCUCAGAAACCUGCAUCAAACUACUUGGAAGUCCCCCCCACUGACCUGGCACCGGACCGUAUGCAACUAUCUUAUAAUACAAUGGAAGAGGUUGGGAAGAGAUACAGAGAAGUGAGACGGCGGCUGAAGAGGAAGAUGAACCCCUUAGAAUGGGCAGAAAAUUGUCGAGUGGUGAAGACUGGAGACCGGGUUGUGGAUGAGCAUUGCAAGCCGAGCACUAUUGAGGGUGACAUGGGAGAACUGGUGGACCAGCAUCGGAUGACUUGCCACCUGGUCUGGUUUCAGUGCGUCAAGCUUUGUGAACAAUACGGAGUUCAGCUUACUGAAAAACUGCUGAAAAGAGCUCUUCUUUACCCAGGGGAUAGAUUAUUACAUUAUGAGGGUAUCUGGCAAAAGUUAAGACAGCCAGGAGGUUAUUAUGAAGUUUAUGAUGAAGAAACGUCAAGGCGCAAAUCAAGGAGAGAAUCAAGGAGUAAAUCACGAGAACAGCCAAAAAGGCCUUCCAAGAAAAAAGAAAGAAAACAAGAGAGAAAGCCUGAAAAGCAACUGCAGAAGGACAACACUACUGGGUGCCGCUGGUUAUCGUACACAGAGUUUAGGAACCUCACGAAAUGGCACUCAAAAAGACUGCGGCUUGCUACACAAAAUCUUUGGGAUGACAAGUCCUGUAGCAGUUUAACUAGUGAGGCUCAAGAACAGUUUGAAAACCUAUUCACUGAAAGGGAAAUGAGAAAAAUGUUUCGCUUCCUCAAUCCCAAGACAGAUCCCAACAGCUUCUGGCCAGGACAUGUUCUAGACAAACUGCGUCUGUACCUACCCCAGAUGAAACGUGAUGAAGGAGAUGCUCUGUUCAGCCAUGUUUCUCGUGCACAUCCUGUCUAUCCUGGCACUUAUCAUCCUCACCGCAGCUGGCCAGUCAGUGAGCUGAAGUUUGUGACCUAUGGUGAUCCAGAUUCCCGAAAGAAUUAUUAUGUUUGACUCUCUUCUGAGGAGAAACUGUUAUACUAUGCUAACGUUGCAUAAACUGUUGGCUACCUCAGUGAAUCUGCUGCAGUAAGCCAUUGUUCUAGUAAAUGAAAAUAGACAGGGCUGAACUAGAUAGACAAAUGGUCUAACUUGGAUACAGCAUUAAAUGGAGCUGUGAAGCAGGAAACAUUAAUAUAGGGGAUUUUUUUUUAAAAAAAAGUAAAAUGUAAACAUCAGAUUGUGUGUAUGUAACCUUAUGACCAUCAUUCAUACCACAGGCACAAUUGAACAAGUAACUUUGGCUCAUCCCGCACAUGCAGAAUAAUGCACUUUCAAACUGCUUUCAAUGCUCUUUGAAGCUGUGCGGAAUGGCAAAAUCCACUUGCAAACAAUUGUGAAAGUGGUUUGAAAACACAUUACUUUGUGUGUGCGGAAGGGGCCUUUCAUAGGCCAGUAGUAUUAGCAAUGAAAAGUUGAAGGCAAUAUGAAAAAAGGAAGACCCAUCAUGAGAUGGAUUGAUUCAAUAAAGAAAGCCACAGUAUUGUUUGCAAGUCAUGAGCAAGGCUGUUACCGAUAGGUCGUUUUGGAGGUUUUUAACUUUGCUGCCAUAAGUUGAUGAUAAAAUACACACAUUUGGUAGGCAGAAAUUUGCGUUUUCUCAACAAAAAGAUAUUGUAGCAGGAUGUUGGCAAAAUGGAAUCUGUAGCAGUCUUAAGGAAAAUGUCUGGAAAUCCACAAAUCAAAUUUGUAUAUGUACAAGUAACUUCCAUUCAAAAGAUUAAAUGUCUGGAAGGGCACAAGUUGUGCUCCCUCCGCCACUUCUAGAUUGUACCAAAAAAACCCCAAUUAUGUUGUCAUUGACAUUCCUGCACUCUGAGUAGUCCUAACUGUGUAUGGAAUGUAAAAGGACAUAGAUUAUAACAAUAGACUAGUUUGCUCCUUAUAAUAAAGAUUUGAUUUAAUGAUGGCCAAAUAAGCGAGGUGUUGUGCUAAUUAAGAUUAAAGACUGUCUCAAAACCAUUGGCAUCCUAAACACAGUUAUUAAAAACUCUGGCCAAAACAGUA